AAUACCAGGAGGAAAAAAAAAAAAAAAAAAAAAAAAAAAAAGAAAGAAAGAAAGAAAGAAAAGGGAACUCUAUUAACCAGAUCAAAAGCUGCAACAAUGGAGUUCCUUCCGCUUCAAUCCCUACUAAGUAUUAUCACCGUUAUCCUUUCUCUUUCAUUGUUUAUCUGCAACUCCCAGUUAUGGAGAUCAAGAAGUAGCUUUGCAAAUGAAAAGAGAACAUUGCCACCGCAACCUGGAAAUGCUUGGCCCCUAAUUGGCCACCUACACCUAUUCCAUGGGUCUAAGCAAGAUCCGAUCCAUGUAAUCUUCGGCAACAUGGCCGACGACUUGGGGCCCAUCUUCCUUAUAAAGUUGGGUGUGCAUCGAAUUUUAGUUAUAAGUAAUUGGGAAAUGGCUAAACAAUGCUUUACCACCAACGAUAAAGUGUUUUCCAAUCGUCCAAAUUUUCUUGGUUUAGAAAUUAUGGGGUACAACUACGCCAUGUUUGGAUUUGGGCCUUAUGGUCCCUAUUGGCGCCAAAUGCGCAAGAUAACCACAUUUGAGCUCCUUUCAAAUCUUCGCCUCGUCAAGCUCAAACACGUCCUGGAAUCAGAGUUAAAAUCGUCGAUGGAAGAUAUGUACCAGCUAUGGCUAGAGAAAAAGAGCUCGUCAAACCAAGUGUCAAUGGAGAUGACGAAAUGGUUUGCUGACACAAUAAACUUAAACGUGAUAUUUAGAAUGGUCGUUGGUAAACCACAUGCAGGAAGUGCCGAUGGUUGGCCCAAGGCAUUGCAGGCAUUUCUCGACUUGGCUGGGACCUUCUCUGUUUCAGAAGCGCUUCCAAUGCUGAGGUGGUUGGACAUGGGAGGAUUCGUAAAAGCCAUGGAGAGGACUGCAAAAGAGAUUGACAAUUUCCUUUCCGAGUGGCUGGAACAACAUAAGCAAAACAGAAUUAAUUUUAAUUCAGAUGAUGAACACUCAGAGAAGGACUUCAUGGAUGUUAUGCUCUCUGUUCUUGACAAGGAACAAAUUUCCAGUUACGACGUCGAUACGAUCAUUAAAGCUACAUCUCUGACUGUUAUGGCGGGCACGAACAGCACAACAAUAACAUUAUCAUGGGCACUUUCUUUGUUACUCAACAAUAGGAAUACCCUGAAGAAAGCACAAGAAGAAUUGGAUCUCCAAGUUGGUAGAGGAAGAUCAGUUCAAGAAUCGGACUUAAAGAAGUUGGUCUAUCUCCAAGCAAUUAUCAAGGAAACUAUGCGGCUUCACCCAGCGGCACCACUAGCUCCACAUGAAUCAAUGGAGGACUGCAAAAUGGGUGGUUACCACGUCCCGGCGGGCACGCGUGUUCUAAUCAAUAUUCCGAAGAUUCAGAGAGAUCCAAGUGUGUGGCCCGACCCGUUGGAGUUUCGGCCGGAGAGAUUUCUAACAACCCACAAAGAUGUGGAUGUCGGAGGGCAGCAUUUUGAAUUGCUGCCUUUUGGGAGUGGUAGAAGAGUUUGUCCUGGAGUUUCCUUCUCUCUUCAGAUUAUACAGCUUGUACUCGCUACUUUGCUUCACGGUUUCGAAAUUGAAACGCCUUUUGAUGAAGCGGUUGAUAUGACUGAGAAACCUGGACUUGUCAUCCCCAGAGCUGCCCCUCUGGAAGUCCUCCUUAAGCCACGUCUACAUCCCUGUUGCUAUUCUAUAUAAAGUGAUGAAGGCCUGGGCUAGAACUCACUCCAUACAACACUUAGUUGGCCCAGUAUCUAUAUAAUAAACAUUUGGUUGCUCCAGCCCAAAAUGUAAUAACAUUCGUAUUUUUUUUUUUUUUUUCUUUGUGCUUGGAACGGUGUCGUGUAAGCCGAAACUGUUACAAGGAUAGAGUUAAAAUGCUUGUUUGGCUCCAUUCUAGAAUUUAGCUUGUUUUCCAGAUUGUUCCCAGAAAUUUCUCAGUAAGUUUCCUUUCCUUAUCAAUGGAAUACUGAGGGUUACACUA